UCCUGUGCACGAUUAUGACAAGAACUCAAAAAUGACUCAAAGAAGCACUCUGAAAACAGCUUCUUUUCUGCUACUUCUGGCCUCCAUUACGCAAGGGGAUGUUCCGGUUUUCCAUUAUAAAACUAAAGAGGCAUUGGUGGGUCAGAAUGUCUCUUUACCCUGUUUUUUGGAAAACAUUAGUGGUAUCACAAUUGUGAGCGCUGAAUGGAAGAACAGUUUCUCAAAGUUGGCUCUGUACGUUUCAAAUUAUGGCCACAAGAUGUUUUCACCAAAUGUGACUUUAAAAACUAUUUACAAGGACAACAAUACACUAUUAGGCACUCGUUUAGAACUUCAGAACAUAAGCAAGAAAGAUGCUGGCACCUACACUUGUGACAUUUCAGCCUUUCCAACUGGAUCUCAUCAGGGACAGACUAAGCUGAGCAUCAAAGAUAAAAUUGAGUGUAACAGGAACAGCAGCAUUGAAGUCCAUUUUGGGAAAAAUGUGACCAUUCACUGCCAAGAGUUUAGUAACGUUACAUAUACAUGGACCAAGGAUGAGGUGGUGGUUUCAGACAGCUCAUCUCUGCACCUGCAGUCUGUGUCUGUAGCCAGCGCUGGUCUUUACACACUCACGGUUCACACAGGAAACAGCCUUCUGCAAAAAGCAUUCAACAUCAGUGUAUCCACACAAACCACAUCCUAUUGGGCAGAUGCUUCAACUCUGUCUCCUCACAAUAGCAGUAGCAGCAAUGAAAAUGGGACCACCAGAUAUUCUUCUGUCAUCACCUUUGCAACAGAAAAUACACAAAACACAACAGGCAGCACCAUGUAUAAUACUAGUCUAAGCUACACCCAAUCAGAACCUCAUAAUACAACGUUGAGUUACAAUGGAUCAGAGAGUUUUGCUACUGUGAGCACUGUAAGUCAACAUUUCAACCAAUCAGAGGCCAGCACAGGCUUAAGUCAAUCAGAAACUUACAAUACAACCCUAAGGUAUAAUCAUUCAGAAAGCUUUGAUACUGUGAGCACUGUAAGUCAACAUUUCAACCAUUCAGAAAUAUUCAACAGAAACAUGAGUUACAAUCACACGGUAAAAAUCCACACAACUCAGCCAUAUGUGAAUAAUACAAGUAAUGUUUCAAUAGUUUAUGAUUCUGCUCCAAAUGAGGCAGAGCAUCCUUCAAAAGCAUCCAAGUCCACCACCCCUGCUCCUACCACAUUCUUGGGGACUGCAGGUGCUACAUUGCCUUCCAGACCUGGACAUACUACUUAUACCUCAGAUGUCACGGGCCAACAAGAUCCAGCAGACAGUGAAGGGCGGAGCCAUUUGGUUUUGGCACUGAUUAUCAUUGGAAGCGUUUUACUGAUCAUUGUAGCUCUCAUUAUGUACAGAAGAAGAGUGCUCAAAAAGAGGGAUGAUCUUCCUCCUCCCUUCAAGCCCCCUCCUCCUCCAGUGAAGUACACGGCAGUCAGGAAUCCUCCACAGUUUUUUCCCACUGACAGGUGUAACUCUGUAACAAUGAUCAGCAUGGAGAAGAGACACUCUUUUGUUUAAGAAAUGAUGCAUUAUCACAACCUGAAAAAGAAAAUAAUGGGACAUAUGAUGAAGUUUAGUUAUAGGCUCAAAACCACGCACUGUAACAAUGUGUUCCAAAAUAAACCGCAAGCAAUAUUAUAAGAA